CACCCACCUUGUCCACCAGCAGCACAGUGCGCCAGGCAGCGAGAGCACAGGCGUGGGGCUCACCGGGGAGCGGACACGACGGAGCGGCAGCAGCACGGAGUGUCAGCGGCGGUACUUUACGCGGAAAAGACGGUCUUUUUUUUGGUUAGGGAGAACCCGUUUAAAAACCUAUAACGACUUAAGGGGUGCUGGUUAUUUUUGUCAGCCGUGCAAAAGAAACUCCUUCACGGCUAAAUUUUGGGGAGUACUGUAACCGGUUGGGAGGAGGGAGAGAAAGAUGCAGUUCCAGUCCGACUCGGUGCGCCGCGUAGACCGCCUCCGACGCUGGUGAUGCCCGCCGAGCGGGGAUCACCGCCCAGCAGCAGCAGCAGCAGCAGGAGGAGGAGGAGGUCAGAACAACAGGGCGUCGGGGGGCCGGUGAUGAUGAUGGUAAGGUCGGGAUCAUGGCAAACGGAACCGGUACUAUCAUGUUAAAAUGCGUCGUGGUCGGAGACGGUGCAGUGGGCAAAACGUGUCUUCUGAUGAGCUAUGCCAAUGACGCCUUUCCAGAGGAGUAUGUGCCCACAGUCUUUGAUCAUUAUGCAGUGAGUGUCAACGUCGGCGGAAAGCAGUACUUGUUGGGACUGUAUGACACAGCUGGCCAGGAGGACUACGACCGCCUCAGGCCGUUGUCCUACCCAAUGACCGAUGUCUUCCUCAUCUGCUUCUCUGUGGUAAACCCUGCCAGUUUCCAGAAUGUGCGCGAAGAAUGGGUGCCGGAGUUGCAAGAGUAUGCACCCAGUGUCCCCUACCUGCUCAUUGGCACCCAGAUUGACCUUCGUGAUGAUCCCAAGACCAUUGCCAAACUGAAUGACAUGAAGGAGAAGCCCAUCCCCACUGAGCAAGGACAGAAACUAGCGAAGGAGAUCGGUGCAUGUUGUUAUGUGGAAUGUUCAGCUUUGACCCAGAAAGGCCUGAAGACAGUGUUCGACGAGGCCAUCAUUGCAAUCUUGACUCCCAAGAAAAAGAAGGGAGCUCUGAAGAGAAGACUGGGACCCCGCUGCAUCAACUGCUGUCUGAUCACGUGAUACAUAAACCCAGAGAUCAUUCAGCAAGCAACCAUAAACCAAACCUGGACUGAAGGCAAAAGACAGACAAAAGAAAGAUGCACAAGAGAGAGGACUGAAAAGAACAAAAAACGAGAGCUAAGUUUAAGCUGCAGGGCUCUUGAAAAGGCCAUAACUCUCUCCUGCUGUCCAACACAAGUCGAGGAUGCAGUUUACUACCAAAGGAGCACAAAACCCAAGUCAGUCUCUUCUUCAAAAAGACUUUUUUUGCCUCAAAAGUACCUUCUUUUAUAACCAUUUUUAAUCAUUUUUCCUGUACAAAGUGUUGUAAGCUGUCAUGCAAAACAAAACAAAAAUUGACAUUUCGGUUUAAAGAGAAAUGCUACAUUUGAAGUUCAUAUGAUUUCUAUGGUUUUUGAAAGCUAGAUUUUUGAUUUGUGAAUCUCUCAAUAUGAGAGCAGAUGUUCAAAUCAGGAGAGAGAGCCUGCAGCUGAGAAAUAAUGAGAGGCUGACUUAAGUGACACUGUGACAGUGACCAGGAUUCAUUUCUGGACCUGAGGCCCCAGUUUGUUUUUUUUAUUUAAAAAGACUCGGCCACAAAGUCUGUCUGCAAUUAUUUGUCAGUUGAGGAUCUGCAAAUGAAACCACACAAGGUGCUUUGCAUCAUGUGGGGAUGACAGGAAUGAGUGAAAUGCUGUUCAGUCAACACAUUUUGGACCUGGGACUGUAUUAUUUUAAGGUUUUAGAGUCUUGUUUUUGCCUUAUAAAAGCUCCAUUAUUUUAUAGUGUGGCAUGCCAAAACAUACUGUAAGUUCAGACUGGGGCGGAGGUCUUCAUCAGGAACUGAAGAGAUCUAUUAUUCAUUUUUAAGAUAUAUAUUAUCCAGAGUUUAUGAUGCUGUAUCUCUAAAAUGGAGAUGAUCUAGUCUGUGCAAACAGCUUACUUCUUUUUUUGUUAUCAUGCAAUAAUGUGUUAUCAUUUUAUCACCUUUAAGAAGGUUUAGAAGAGAGAAGAAGAGGGAUCUCAUUUUAGAAAUGAAACUCCGAUUCAUAUCCAACAUCCAAAGAAUCAAACGCACACUUUGAUCAAAAAUCAGGUGGCUAAUGUGACCCGAUACUGUACAUCUAAUGCACAACAUGAAGCACAGAGCCGGCGCGAAGAAGCACAUUCCUCUGCUUUUAAAACACUCUUCCAGAAAAGGCUGAUUGAAGCACACGGUUCCAUCAGGCACAAGUAUGAGCAUAGCACACCAUUUUUUAUCAUCACGUCAUGAUCUAUAAAGUCUCAAAAAUACAUACAAUGAUCAUGAAAUAUGGAAAACAAUGAUUGAAGGGGUUUUAGCUGUUUGUAAGUUCAAACUUGGCCUAGUUUUAGUGGAGAUUUUACAUGACUAAGUCAAAAUGGGUUGCACAACAGAACUUAGUUCUCAUCCCGUGAUUAGUUAAUUAGUAAAUAUUUAACACCAGGCGUAGCUGUUACAUGACGUUAGCUUGAAAAGAUGUGGCUCUUUUCAAACAAAGAGGUAUAUGACCUGAAACGUCAAAGUUAUGUUGAAUAAUGUCAUGUAAACAGGAAAUAUCCCAAAUUUGAUUUUAUAAAAACAACAAUAUACCUUAAAAUGUUAAGACAAUACUAGUUAGCUAAAUAAUAACAAUAAUGUUUAGGUUAGCAUAAUCGGAUAUUUGCCACUCAUUCUAAACUAUAUGAAUACUGCUCUGACAAACAUGUUUCCCUGUAUGCAUUUAAAUAUAAAAGUCAUAUAUUUUUUAGAAAUAUCAGCACUUAAAUAUCACAUGGCCCUUACAACCUGAUAUGCUAGAGUGACUAGACAGAUGCUUCCUAACAUCUUUACUCUUUACUAGCUAGGGCAUUUCUUAAAUUUUAAUGGCAAACUGAUUUAGUAAAAGACUCAUUUGAAACUAGCCAGUAGUCACUAAGAACUUAGAGAUGGAUUUAUGAAUAUCUGGCAUAGCCCAGUAUGUAGAAGCCAGUUCUUUAGAAGAGUUUAAAAUCAAAAUAAUUACCAUAUUCAAGGUGAUGAGAUCCCGACAUGACCUGUGAAGGGUUUCACAUGACGUAUGGAAACAUUAUUUUGACAACCAACCACGCACCACUGUAGAAACAGGUUAUCCCGUAAUAAUUCAUUGAUUUGUGUAAUAAACAUUUCAAAUGGAAAUUGAGAUAACGUGAAAGACUUAGAGAAUAGUUUAGAUAUUCAUGACUCCCUAAAACAUUUGUAUGCAGCAAAGGUUUAAAGCCUACAUGUCUGUUAUCGUGUGGGUAAUGACUUUGAGGUUGUGACUGUGACUUUUCUUGCAAGCCAAACAUCCCAAAUCUCAGCUCGUCUUGUUUUUAUGCAUUUCGUAUUGGCUUUUUCUAACUUUUAAAAAUGUGCCAACUCUUGCUAAAUGACUUCAGUUCACUUUGUGUUCCGAUUCAGAUAUGAUGAUUGAUUAAAGCUUUAAUGUAAAUGGUGCUCCUCCUCUCUGUCCCAGCCUGCGUUGUAUAAACUUUCUUUUGGAGCAGCAGUGUGGAUUGCAGGGUGAACAGGCUUCUCUCUCUUGGACAGUUUCGCUUGCUUACUCGUGUGAAGGUCCACCCUCAGGAUCCAGGACCUAAGUGCCCGCAGCUACCAAUGCAUUCUCCCAUUGAUGCUCCUCUCUUCUCAAUAAAUGUGUUUACUGUGUUAAUAA